AUGAAUAACAACGUAGAACUAAGUGAUGUGGCUAGAGAGUUACAUUCCCACAUGCUUCGUUCUAAUAAGGAUGGAUCUAAGUUGUUUACCCAAAAAGAACUUCAAGACAAGUUACCUGGUAAUAAUCCAACCUUAGCAGAUUUGAUGCUUAUUGUACAAGAACUGUUGGAUAAGAAUUUGAUUAAAUUAGUGAAACAAAACAAUGAAUUAAAAUUCCAACCCGUUGAUUUCCAAGAAGCCGCCAAAAAGUCCACAAUGUCCAAUGAAGAAGCAUUAGUCUAUUCAUACAUUGAGGCUAGUGGCCGUGAAGGUAUAUGGUCUAAGACUAUUAAAGCACGUACUAACUUGCACCAACAUGUUGUCUUGAAAUGUUUAAAAUCCUUAGAAUCUCAACGUUAUGUCAAGAGUGUGAAAAGUGUUAAAUACCCAACGAGAAAGAUAUAUAUGUUAUAUCAUUUACAACCAAGUGUAGAAGUCACAGGUGGACCAUGGUUCACUGAGGGUGAAUUAGAUGUUGAAUUCAUCAAUUCGUUAUUGACUAUUAUAUGGAGAUAUGUAGCUCAAAAUAGUUUCCCUAAUGGGUUCCAAACGGUGGUAGGUAGAAACGAUAACAGUAAAAACGGCGAUAUCAAGAAGAAGAGUAGUCAGUAUUCACCACAUGUACGUUCAUAUUCUACGACACAAGAGAUAUUAGACUUUAUUUCGUCUGCAGGGGUGGCGAAUGUUGAAUUGAGCACUGCAAAUAUACGUUCUUUAUGUACUGUUUUGGUUUACGACGAUCGUUUAGAAGAAGUAGAGUUUGAUUGUUAUCGCGCUACAUUAACCUCAGUUGCUCAAUUGGUGGGGCCAAUAGAUGAGGGAAACACAGCAAAGAAUAGUAAGAAUAAAUUGUUGGACGAAAUGGACGAGUUUUCCAUCUUUGAUUAUCAUCAAACCAUUGGGCCUUCUGAAAAUGAUAAAGAGGCUGUUUAUUUCGAUGAAUGGGCACUAUAA